CUUGUCUCAAUCUUAACGGGAGCUGACGGAUUUGUUUUGAAUAUAAGAGGCACAGCAAGCUGCUAGCUGCUCGUUUACAUUAUUCGGCAAAUGGCGGGUUAUAUUGCUAAAUAUUGAGACAUUUCUCCUGUUAUCGUUACCUACAGCAAAUCAGCUAGUUGUAUGUAUCCAGCUUAUUCAUUGCACAGUCGGCUAACGUUAGCAAGCGGGCCAGUUUAAUCAAAAAGUUGCUAGAUAGUCGGUGUAAUUCGACUUUUUUAUGACUAACCUGCCAAUGUUAUAUUUUGAUCAUAUUUUUGUGGAGACAAGCAUUUGCAGAUAUCCAGCAUGACGAUAGCUGGAUUGUUUGGAAAAGGAUGCUAGCUAAUGUUAACUUUCCAAGCUAGAGGCAUUUAUGGAAAACCACGAAUUUCGUAAACUUUCUAAAAGGUUUCUGGCUCGCUUCUUCUUAAAAUGCAUUAUAACGUUAGCCAGUUAGCCAGCAAUAUGCGAUGCUCUCUCAGAAGCUACAGAACUGUCACUAUAUUAUGUUUCUGACUGGUAGAUCAGUCAGCUUGAACGUGUGUGCUGUUCUUGUAUGUAUGGAGUUGCCUUCGUAUCAAAUAUGGAAUUACAUCUUGAGGUGGUGUUGCUCUCUACCAUCAAGAGGAGGAAACCAUGGCCACGAUUUUGCUGGCUUGGAUUGGAGAAGGAGUCUGUGUUCUUGCUGGAUGACAGUCGGGUCAGCGAGAUUAACAUGGUGUCGGGGCGCACCAAGCGGAAGACCCCCAAACUGCAGCCCCUUCUCCAGAGGACCCUGACCACUGCAGCGGCCCAGAACGGGAUGUGGCUUGCUGGGCUGCUGGUCUCUGGAGAGGUUUUUCUCUGGAGCAAAGACAGAGGCUGUGUGAAGAUGAUCAACACUGCCCCCUCUGUGUCUCAGCUGGUCACUGCGGCUCAUGAGGGCUCUGUCCGUCUGUCCCUGCUGGUUUCGGGUGACGGCCGGCGCCUCCUCCUCAGCGCCCUGACGGGACAGGUCUUCCUGUGGGAAUGCGUGGAUCGGCCGGCCCUGGCUGGGACGCGGGAUGGCACUGUUAAAGGACUCUGGCAGCAGAUCCUACCCUCUGACACCACCUCUCUGCCCUCUUCCCAGAACAAGGAGGCAUCCCAGAACAGCGUCUUUGCCCAGGGGGAGGUGGGGGGGGACUGCUGCCUGACUGCUUUUGUCUUUACUGUGGGCACGCUCCUGACGGUCACCUUUCUGAAGAUCCAAUGGGAAGAGAGCAUGAAGUUCAGCUCUCCGGGCUACAGCGUGCGCUGGAUCACUCGGACGUACCCCCUGCCGCAGCUGGCCCCACCCUGCCGCCCGCUCAGGUCCAGGGGGGCGCUGGUCCCUGCAUUCUCCCCAGACGGGCAGCUCCUGGCUGUGGCCCUGAACCAGAGAGACCCCAGGGCCACUCAGGUUUUGUUCAUCAGCACCCAGAACUUUGUCACUGUGUCCAGCUGGCUGGGAGGGUGCGGCAGUAAGAACCUGUCCAUCCCAUCCAAGUAUGUUAGGUCGUACUGGGUGGCCUGUAUGAGCUGGGCCCCUGGGGGCCUGUACCUGGCCUGUGUGCUGAAGCGGGGGUCUCUGCUCCUCCUGGCCCGGCUGGGGGGCCUGGUCUCUCUCUCCACCUCCGGCUGCAGCGUGGAGCUCGGGCCCGCUCACUUCCUCCCGCUGCACCCGCUGGUCACCUGCAGUGUACCAGCUCCGGCUCUGCCCCAGGACGCGUCCCCCACCAGCUCCCUGGCCUCGGCCCAGGACGGGCUGCGGCAACGGUACUCCGUCACCUGGCACCCGCGCCUGCCCUACCUGCUCGUGUCCGACGGCUACACGGCCAGCGUGCUCCGAGUGCCCCUGCAGGCUAACGCUGCUGCGCUGGUCGGCGCUCUCCUCCUGCGCUGUGCGGAGGGGCUGGAGCGAGCGCGCAAGCGCUGGGGGAGUGCUAAGCCCCAGGUUCUGGACUCCAUGCCCACGCUGAAGCUGACGGCUGGGUUGCAGGAGCUCAGACAAGAGGAGGCCAUUUUGUCCACCCUGCCGCUCUUCCUGCGAGACGAUUCUGACACUACGGGCACCACACAGCUGUAUGCAGGGUCUCAGUGUGCAGGCGAGGAAGACUCUGAUGACGAAGGCGGUCAGUUCCCCGCCGCGCGCGUGGGGGACAGAGGGAGGCUGGAGUUCGCCUCCAUGUUCGACACUCUCCACGCCCACCCCGCCUCCGGCCUCGACGACCGUCGCGACCCCGAGGAGACCUCUGACCCCGAGGAGACCUCUGACCCCGCGGAGGCCGCCCGGACCCUCCCGGGGGAGGUGGAGGACGUCCACAGGAGCCUGCUGACGGCUUGGGCGCUCGGCCUGACGACGGGAGGCGCCUCGGAGGACCGAGGGCGGCUGAUGAGAUCCGCCGUCCGCUGUGCGGUCCGGCUGGCACGCCUGCUCCUGGUCAGCCGCCCUCGAGGGCUCCGGAGAGGGCAGAGGCUCUCCACCCCCGGGCGGUCCCGCCUCUGGCCUCUCCUCAAAAACCUGUACUCCCUCCUCCCCUGGGACGCCCAGCGCGGAGGUGCGGGCGGCUGCCUCGGGGUGGCUGUGGACCUCACGAGACGGAUAAUGGAGCUGAUCCUCUCUCCCCUCCCUGGCUCUCCCAAACACGGGUGCCCUCCUGGACGUUUCUCCCAGACCUUGUCCUCCGCCCUCGUCUUCCUCCGAAUGGCCGUGCGGAGUCUGGAUCUCGCCUACUCCCUCCCCCAGAGGGCGUCAGCGCUUCCCUCUGACGUUGUUUCUAUACCGCUUCUUAAAGAGGAGGAUGAGAACGGUGUAUACCAGAAUGCCUUGUGCACCAGACAGCAACCUUCUAGCAGGUUACUGGAGGUGUGGCGAGGUUUAUACGGGCAGGUGUUGCAGUACCAAGAGGACAUGGUCUCCCAGACGGGCCAUGCCCAGAGCAGUGCUGAGCAGGGACAGAUAGCGGCCAUUUUGUGCCAGAUCCAGCAGGUGUUACAGGAACACGGUGACCGGCUGGGAGACAGCCCCACUCUGCACAGGGCAACAGGGGAGGAGCAUUUCCUGUCUGGCUCGUAUGCUGAAAGUGCUCGAGUUUGGAGAGCGGAGCUGUGUGCAGAGAAUGAAAGGGGGGGCCCGAUGUUGUGCAUCCUGGAGACCCGGUUCUGUCUGGCCCUCCUCUAUGGACACCUCUUCCAGUACCAGCUGCACCAGGCCCUGGGGCUGUGUGAACACCUGGCCCAGCAGCUGAUCCCCCGGGCCCGGCUGGAGGGAGAGUCUGGAGCAGAAUCAGCCAUGGGCGUGGAGCAGCCUUGGGAGGCCUGUCUGCCAGUGGCUGUGGGGCCGGAGGCUGCUUGCGCUGUGGUGCAGUCCUUUGGCAGGUUCAUGGCGGCUUACUUCACCAACCAGCCGCUCACCAUCCUCCCUCCGCACAGUGUGGGAGUCCUGCCUCCCCUCCACCUGCCUGCAGGUUCAGCCCCGGGCCAGCGCUUGGUGCCCCUCUCUCGGAGCACGGUGCUGGGGGAGGUGCGGAGGCAGCAGCUGUCGGAGGUGUGGACGGUAGACUACGCCCUGGAGCUGCUCCUGCAGGGUGGGCUGCUCCCCGAGGCCGUGUGGCUGGCCCACAGUCUGGGGGACUGGAAGACUGCAGCCUCCCUGGGCCUGGCCUACACCACCUACUGCAGGGAGCAGGCCGACUUCACCCGUCUGCAGUGGAGAGAGCUGUGCCUUCCUGCGCACCUCCAGCCCGGCAGCCUGUUCCAGGGCCAGCUGGAGCAGCUGCUGGGUCUGCAGGCCGAGAACGAGCCGGAACAGAGGGCCGCAGGCGGCAGGUCCUACCAGCGCUUUGCAGACUCGGUGCUGGAGGAGGACUCGGAGCUGCAGGUGUGGGUGCAGGAGGUGCUGAAGGCCUCGGUCAUGGCCCAGGAGGACGUCCUGUCCCAGCCUCUGCUCAGGCUCGUCGACGCCGCCAAGGACCUGACAUCCAACCUCUCCGGCCUGGUGCCCUCCGGAGUGUACCUGCCCGCCCCCCCCCUGUACUGCCCCCAGCCGGCCUCUGACACGCAGGUCUCGGUGGGGGAUUUUGGGGUGGUCUUAGAAGGGAGGUCCCGCCAGUGCAUAUCGGGGGUCCUGCAGAGGGCGCUGCUGCUCCUGGGGGCUGCUAACUGCUCUCUUCCUGCCGCCCAGUGGUAUAUCAGCAACCUGCAGCAACGUCGACAGCUGCUGCACAAGAAACUCAGCCAGCCCUUGAAUCCGUUUCCAGAGGGACUGAAGGAAUUUGUGACUUCCGGAACCUUCUUUAGUGGAACAAAUGGGGAAGGACACUUGGACAAUGUCACUGUGCAGGUUAUAGCAUGCUUCAGGGAGGUGUGUGGACUCUGCUGGAUGCUACAUGUCCGGGACCAGCUGUCUGUCUCCUGCAGGAAGUACCAGGCUGCAAGGACCCAAAUGGGAUUGUACCAGGGCAGUGAUUCUGCACAGUCCGACAGUGGCAGUGACGUGGUACAGCGCUGUACGAAUGCGCUGCGCUGGGCAUGCCGCCUCCUCCCCUUCUCUCGCUUCCUGAAGGCAGAAGAAGUUCUCCAGGAUCUGGUGCUCAGCUUGGUGUCUGAGCUACCCCCCACCACUAUGGUGGUGGAUGUAAUGGCCCAGGUGUUCCCUGAGGAAGAGGAGUCCGUUCAGGUCUCACUGAGGGACAAAUAUAGCACCCUGCUGCAGAGACUGCGACACUGCACACUCCCUGUCUCAGAGCUGGGCAGUGCAGAGCCUGAAAGGGAGACGAUGGUGACUGUCCUGAUUCAGCAGAAACUGGUCCACAGAUGCCAGGUUCAGCGUAAAAUCUCCAAACACCUCGCUCCACUGAAAAGGCAGAUCUGGGAGAGGAUAGAGGAUGAAGAGGAGGAAGAGAGGGCGAUUGAUCGCUUUUCUCCGAGUCGCAGCACGCUUUCGGACUUUAGGUGCUCCCCACAGAGUAAUGGUAACAGAACUGCUACUCCCACUGAUAACCAGGAAACGCCUGUCUAUAGCCGCACACAGCAGAGUGGACAGACCUGGUCAGACCGGCCGGGCGGGGGCAGACCUGUGGAGAGGGGCAAGCAGGCUGUCAGCGGGCCCACGGGGAGCGGCGCCCUGCCUCCCGUUGGCUCAUGGGAGUUUGAGCUGUUGGAUGAGGAGUACCCUCGCUUCCUGGAGCUUUUCCUGAGCUACGUCCUGGAGAGGGACUGUGCGGAGGACAAGGACUCGGCCCUGCCGCUCCUCAGCGGCUUCUCCCCCCUGCUGCGAGAGGCCGAGCUGCAUUCCCUGGCCUUCGACGUGCUGACCACCCUCAAACGGCGCCAGGGGAGCGUGACAGGGAGGAGACCAGGCCACACACCUCCCCCCCAGACCCCCUCACAGCUGCUGUCCUCCAGCCUGAAUCUCCCCCUCCAGAGCGAGGCCCUGGUCCGGAGCAGCCCAGCCUACAGCGUCCUGCCCCCUGGCCCCCACGCAGGGAAGCCCCUCGGUCUAUUCGGCCUCAGACGGCUAAACCAGCCAAUGAAGGCGACCCGCAUGGAGGGGCCGCGGGCCGGUUCUGAAGCCGAUCGGAGCUCCGCUGUACGGACCCCCCAGCCGGACUGUAAGGCCCUACCCGCCCCACCCACGCCGGACCUCCACAGGCCAGAGGCCCGCUUCCGGAACCUGAGCCGGCUGCUGGAGUGGAUGAUACGCUGGGCGGACAGGAGGGUUCGGGGGAGUCACCCCGCCCCGAGAGGGGGCGCCGCGGGUCCCGAGGGUGUGGUGAUGCGGGCCAAAGCCUCCACCCCAGCCGUGCUCACUGCCCUGAGGGUGCUGGAGGGCAGAUACACCGCCGCCCUGCUGGCCACAGACCUGCACUGCCCUUCCGUCAGGGUCCCAGAGGGCGCGACCGCGGCCCUCCCGCAGCCAGAGAAGGAGAGGACCGUGCACCCUGGAUGUGCUGCGUCCUCUGGGUCUACCGUCAGCCUGCCUCCCCUGGAGAGUCUGCAUGGGGAGGUCUCUGAAGUAUCUGAACUGGAAGAGGUGGAGACAGAGACAGACAUGGGUAGAGCAGUACACCAGUACAGCCAGGAGGGGGAGUUUGGCUCUGAACCGGAGAAUAGGCCCAUGGACACUCACAGAGGCCCUGAGGAUGACACGACUGACCUUCCUGAGCCAAGUGAUUACAAUGAGGGUGAGAGCAGGAGAGAGGACGCUGUGUACACUUCAGGCUCCGCCUCCUGCAUCUCAGUCCAGAUCAAGACCGUCUCCCGGGGGCCGAGGCCUGCCCAUGAGCAGACACUGACCCUGGCGGAUCUGGUGUCGGACAGAGAGGAGACCGAGGGAGAUUCAUCUCACCAAACUAGUGUCGAGGUUCCAGACCCUGACCCUGCCCCUGCCCAGGAGCCAAACAUCCAGGCGGGCCCUGUGCCAGGCCUGCAUCCUGGGCCUCAAGUACCGAGUUUCCCCAGCAGCAGCACCUCGCAGCUGGGGAGGGGCCCUGAGGCGCUGCCUCCUCCAGCAGCAGCAGACCCCUUCAGGCAGCUGGUCCAGGAUCAGAUGUUCAGAUUGGUGCAGUUCCAACAGAUGAGCUUCAUCAGCCUCCUGCAAACUGUGGCCGCCUCCUUCCCCAAUCCGUCCCAGUUAAACCAGAAUCCCAUUCCCACUGAUCAUCUGUCCCAGUUAAACCAGUCCCAUUAUCCCAUUCCCACAGCCAAUCUGCCCCCAUUAGACCACACCCAACCAGACCCACACCAGUUUGGACCUCAGAACCAGGGCCCGGUCCCCACGCCUCAGCCCCAUGCACUGGAGCGUCUCCACACGGAGCAGAACCUCGGGCCGGACCCAGAGACCCAGCCGUGGGCAGGACAGGUCGAUGAGCUGGAGCUUCUCCACUCUGUGAGCCCCAGCAGUGAGAGUCCGAGCCUGGGCAACAUGGAGAGCCUCAGUGAGGAACUUCCUGUUCGUUUGGAGGAACUGAGGGGAACCCAGACGGAGAGGGGAAGCGCCUGCGUUACCCCCGUCCGCCACCAGGGGCUGGCGCUGCUGUGUGCCGCUGGCUCGAGCGCUACUCCUCCUCCGGCACCCACAGGAUUAAAACUGCUGCAGCUGCCCCCGCGCUCCUCCUUGCCCCCCCCUGCUGUCCCCACAGGCCUCCUCUACAGCUCUGCCGUGCCCCCCCUCCCAAGAGAGGCGUUUGUGCACCCCCGCGCAGACCCCCCCGUCCUGCCCAGAGAGGGGGGCAGGGGGUGGCGGAAACCGGCCCAGCGGGCAUUCGAGGUUCCGCCGGACCAGAGCGUCCGUCAGGUGGCGCAGCCCAAACUCCUGGACGGCCCAGGGCAGGGAAGUGGUCAGGGUGGCCCCCUCCAGCUGAUCCUCGCUCCCCCGUCCCACCGGCAGCCCCUGCCCCGCGGCCUCCCGCUGCUGCGCUUUCACCCCGAGCCCCGCCUGCCUGCCCCUCCCGCCCCCUUCACCACCCCCGCCACGCCUCUGAUCUCCGUGCCCAGCCCUCCAGGGUUUCCUGAGGUCCCAGGCCACCCAGCGUUCCCAGCGUUCAGCUCUGGCAUUCAGCUGCUUCAGAGGGCCCCCGAUCAGCCAAGCAAGGUGCUCCUGGGGCGGGUGGCGUGGGCUCCAGAGUGUGGGGAGAGGGCUGGGCCUCGCCUCCUCACCAUGGCCUCCCAGGCCCACCCUGCUCAGGAUACACUCGCCUCCAGCAAAAGGCAGAAGAGGAGGGAGGAGAGGGAGCAGGAGGGACAAAGCAGAAGCCUUGGCAGACCGGAGGAUUCCAGCAUCUCUCCGACAGAGGCUGAUAAAGCUGAGCCAUCAGGGUCAGCGCUGGAGGAAGACAUGGUUGACGAGUCGGGCAGCUCCGUGCUGGCCGGGCCGGACCUGAUCUCCAGGGCUCUGUCCACUGCAGCCGAGCUCCACGCCUUCGCCAGCACGCAGAAGAGACCGCCCCAGCUCCACGAUGCCAGCACCAACACCGACUCCGCAGGUGCGGUGCAGGUAGAGACCGCUGCAGCAGCCUGUCCUGGUGUACUCCUGAACCUGCAGUUCCCCCGGGAGGCUGAGAGCGCGGUCCAGCAGGGACCGGACACGGUCAGCGCAGGACGCCACUUCAUCAACGUCAUUAAUCUGGAGGACGAGGAUCUGCUGGAGCACCUGCCCUCCCGCCAGGCUUCUGCCUCCCCGACCGGGCCGACCUCCACCCCCGUCUCCCCCCACACCCACCGGCCUGGAGCUCCUGGCCCAAAUCACACCUCCACUGAGCAAAUGACUGUGGAGACUGUGUUAGACGCACAGCUGGAACCCAGUGAGAGGCCCAGUCCCCCUGUGAUACCGGGCCUGUGGGGCAUCUCUGAACCCGGCCAGGAUAAGGAGCCACUCGGGCUACUCGUGGAGAUAGAGCCUCUCAGCCUCCCCAACUCUUCGCGUCUCGGUCUGGGCCUCAGGGACUCUUUGGGCCUCAGUGUGAGCUUCAGGGACGUGGAGGAGCAGAGCACCAGCAGCAGGGGUGGUGUGGGAAGAUCAGCAGACGCUUUUGAUUCCAUGAUGGAAAGGUCUGGAAAGUUUUCAGACGGGCCUCUGGACCUGAGUGACACGGGCGACACCCUGACAGAGUUGGGCGGGCUGAGAGGUGCCUCCACCUAUUCACUCGGCCCAUCAGACUCACUGAGAGACAGGUUUCUCAGACGGGGUGAGCAGAACAACGUGGGGGUGGAGGAGGAGGAGCAGCGAGAGGAACUGCAGGCAUGGAUGAAGAAGAAGCAGAAAGAAAGGAUUGCAGAAUACCGCAGACAGAGGGAGGAGAAGAGAGAGCAAGAGCACCGGCCCUUCACACCUUCGUCCACUCAGAAUCUGACCUCCAGAGAUCUUUCUACCAACAAGAAAAUGAAGGAAAAGAAGGAAAAGACAUUGCUGCUGGAACACCACACCCUCAGAGCCCGAGAGGCCUGUAGCUUGAUUACAGAGCUGCUCAAGCCGUCCCCAGCCCUGCCCACCCUCACCAAGGCCCAGCCCUCACAAAGCACCAAUCAGAGCAGCCGCAGGCCCAAGGCCCAGCCCUCACAAAGCACCAAUCAGAGCAGCCGCAGGCCCAAGGCCCACCCCUCACAAAGCACCAAUCAGAGCAGCCGCAGGACCGCAGGAGUACGGAGCAUAUCUACCCAGCGUGGAGAACAUCAGCCCACCACCCGCCGUCUGCACAGAGCUGGUGCACUCCCAGAUGCCCGUCUGACGAGAUGGGGUGUACAAGACACCAGGGGCAGGAGACCGGGCAAAGGCUGGAUGAAGGGAAUACGGCCACCCCUGAAGGAGGACAGGAUGAGAAGAGAGAGGGAAGUGAGAGAGGAGGUGGAGGAGGAGAGUGAUGACGAGCAGCUCCUGAGCCCAUGGAACCCUCCUCUGGAGAUCCGACGCUUGCUUGGCCUGGACAACCAGGGCUCUGUGGAAGAGCGGAGUGGAGCUCCAGGGAGUGGAGCUGGAGUCUGGCUGAAGGGGCUGGACAGGGACUCCCCCUCUGAGAGCACUGGCAGUAUCCUCAGCAAACUGGACUGGACCGCCAUCGAGAAGAUGGUGGCCGAGGAGGACCAAGUCUGAUCCAAAGAUAAUUUAUAUUGUGUGUGACAGUUAAACUGUCACAUCUCUCAGGUUUACAGUUGUUGAAUUGUAAUAUGAAUUUUUCUAUUUUGUUUUGGUACUUUAAGUGCUCUGUACUGUCAGUAAAUACUGUAAAUGUGAUUGUGAGUGUGACCUUUAAUGUUUUUUGAAUGUGUGAUUGAGUAUCAGUCACAAAGAAUGCCAUAAAUCUCUUUUAAAAAUGAUGCCUUAUACAAGGAGCCUGUGGUGGUGCUAGUGCCAUUGGUGUUUCCAAUAAAACAUUUUAAAACCAA